AUGAUAGAGAAAGUGGAGGAAGUAAAGUUUGAGGUUCAUAGGCAUUUUGCUAGAAAAUUUAAGGUCAUGGAAGGUGAGGAAUCGUUUCUUGAGGGCAUUACUUUUGACGGCAUUAAUGAAGAAGAUAUGAUUUUUUUGGAGGGUCCUUUUCUUGAGGAGGAAAUUAAGGAGGCUAUUUGGGGAUGUGGCAUUUCAAAAAGUCUGGGUCCGGAUGGAUACUCUUUCUUAUUCAUCAAAAGAUGUUGGAGUUUCUUGAAGGAUGACUUCUUUCGUUAUUGCAAUUACUUUCAUUCGGGUGGUCGUAUCUCAAAGGCGGUAACAUCUUCUUUUUUAUCUUUGAUUCCUAAAUCUACUAAUCUGGUUACUCUUGAUGAUUAUAGACCUAUUUGUUUGGUUGGUUGCUUGCAUAAGAUUGUUUCCAAAUUGUUAGCAAGUAGAUUGAAGAAAGUUCUGGACCGUAUUAUCUCGCCUUGUCAAAGUGCGUUUGUGCCGGGUAGAUUAAUGCUAGAAGGUGUUUUGGUGGCAAAUGAGUUGGUGGAUUAUGCUCAGAAGGAAAGAAAAGGGUGUGUUCUUUUCAAGGUGGAUUUCGAGAAAGCAUAUGAUAAUGCAAGUUGGAAUUUCCUUAGAUCUAUGUUAACGAAGAUGGGCUUUGGUUUGUUGUGGAGGAAAUGGAUGGAUAAUCUUAUUUUUCAAAGUAAGAUGUCUGUUUUGGUGAAUGGUAGUCCCACUAAGGAAUUUGAGGUUGAAAAGGGUUUGAGACAAGGAGAUCCCUUAUCUCCUUUUCUCUUUGUUAUUGUGGCGGAGGGUCUGGCGGGUCUUGUUAGGAAGUCUCAAGAGCUUGGUGAGUUUGAAGGCUUUAUUGUUAAUGGUAAGUGCAUGGUGGAUUUACUUCAGUUUGCGGAUGACACCUUGAUUGUGGGGGAAGGUACGUGGAAGCAUGUGUGGGCGAUAAAAGCGGUUCUAAGAGCCUUUGAACUUGUAUCGGGUCUAGGUAUCAAUUACCACAAGAGUAAGUUGAUUGGUGUUAAUAUUAGUUCGAAUUUCUUGGAUGCGGCUUCCUUUGUGUUAUCUUGUAGGAAGGAAGAUAGUAGCGUUAAUUUCCUUGGAAUCCCCAUUGGGUCCAAUCCGAGGAAAGCAUCUACUUGGAGUCCUCUUUUGUUCAAAAUUAAAAAGAGACUCUUGGGGUGGAAGAAUCGUUUUUUAUCUUUGGGAGGAAGGAUAACUCUUCUCAAAUCCGUCUUGUGUUCUUUAUAUAUCUUCACAUUAUCUUUUUUCAAAAUGCCAAGUGCGGUGUCUAAAGAAGUUAAUAAGAUUUUAGGCGAUUUCUUGUGGGGAAGUGUGGAAGAGAGGAGGAAAAUUCAUUGGGUGAGUUGGAAGAAGGUGUGUCUCCCAAUUGAUAAAGGGGGCCUAGGUAUGAAAUACUUGCCGGAUUUCAAUGUGGCUCUCCUUAGCAAGUGGAGGUGGAGAAUUCUAAAAGGUGGAGAUGAAGUGUGGCUUCGUUUAUUGAAGGCUCGCUAUGGUGACAUUACUUCCGUCAUAUUAAGCAAAGGUACGCAUUCUCUUGUCUCUAACUCUUCUCCUCCUCAUUCUACUACUUCAUCCCCUUCUUCUUCUUAUUGGUGGAAAGACCUUAUUUCCAUCGGUAAAUUUAGCCAUUUGGAUUCGAUGGUUCGUUUGUGCAAAUUCAAGAUCGAAAGAGGUUUCACCACCCCUUUUUGGGAAGUGAAUUGGACGGGUAAUUUUUGCUUGAUGGACAAGUUUCCGAACUUGUAUAAAGAAACUAGAUUGAGAUUGGUUUCGGUAGCGGGUAUGGAAGGAUGGGUCAAUCAUGAUUGGAGGUGGGGUGAUAUGGGUUUGGCCCCGGCGGAGGUUUCGGGAGGCAGUGGGCCGAACGGGCAGGAAGUAGGGUCUCUUUGUGAGCUGUUACAAGCGUUUGAGCCAGAGAGUAGUGGUUCGGACACGGUUUCUUGGGUUGGAGAACCGGACAGUCUUUUCUCGGUUGCUUCGUGUUAUAAAUUUUAUGAGUUUUUUCGGAUCCCGUUGGGUCCUCCGAAUAUUCAUGAUGACGCUUUUCGAUUGAUUUGGAAAGUUGAGGUCCCGUUCAAAAUCAAAGCUUUUGCUUGGAGGUUAUUUAAUAAUAAACUCCCAACAAAAGAUUUGCUAGCGGCUAGAGGGGUAGUUUUUUCCGGUGAGAAUUCUCUUUGUGUGUUUUGUGGGAUUCACCCGGAAGAUUGUGUUCAUUCUUUUUUCAAGUGUAAUGUUUUGAAGGUGGUUUGGCGGAGUAUAGCAAAUUGGAUUGGGAAAAGUUGGAAAGAGGAAGAUGAUUGUUUUUGUAGUUUUAAGGAUUGGUUCAUGUAUUGUAAAGAUAACAAUUUCAAGAAAGGAAAAUUAGGUGUUGUGUGGUUAGCAUUAAUUUGGUGCAUUUGGCUCAUGAGGAAUGGGUUUUGUUUUCGGAAUGAAGCUUGGAAUGUGGAUAGUUUGAUUUGGAACGUGAAAAUCUUGGUUUGGAAAUGGAGGCCUAUUGGUGAAAUUACUUAUUCCAAUUGUUGUUUUUAUGACUUUAGUAAAGAGCCCUUAUUCUUUCUAAAGUAG